AUGCCGGCGGACCUGCAUCAGCAGCUGGCGAUCCAGUACGAGGUGUCCGUGUGGGUGGCGGACUCGGAGAGCGAGGUUUGCCUCAACGAGGUUCGCGCUGGGCUCCACGUACGGCGACCUCCAAAGAAGAUGCCCGCGCAGCUCACCUACCGGCGCCUCUUCGACGCUGGCCCCGCCAGGGUGCGCGUGCCCGGCGCCUGCUUCCACGCCGCGAGGUCCCACUUCGCCCGCGUGGUCGCCCGCUACUUCUUCGGCUCCGGCGGCCUUCCGGUGCCCGAGGCGGAGGCCGGCGGCUGCGCGCUGGUGUCGGCCGAGCCCUUCGUGCCGACGGACCUCGGGCUGCCGAGGCCCUGCAUCGAGCCCUUCAUAGGCCCCUUCGCGGCCGCGGCGGAGGCCGGCGACCGCUGCGCCGUGAUCUCUGUGCACGGCGUCUCGGCCCGCGAGAUCGGCGUGGAGAUGCGGGAGGGCCAGGUCUUCGCGGCCGGCGCAGAAGGCUCCGAGGCCGCUGUGACGCCCGCGCAGGCCUCGUGGUCGCCGUGCAAGGUGUCCAGGCUCGGGCCCGAGGCCGACGGCGGGCAGCGGCUGCUGCUGUCGGGACUGGCGCCGCGGGUGUGCCAGUUCCGGCUGGCGAUGGGAGUGCGCGUCUCGGAGCCGACGGGCUGGUGCGACACCGAGGUGUGGGCCCCGCCGGCGCUGCGGGGCGCGGAGCUGGUGGAGCAGAUGACGGGGCUCAGCAGCGCCAGCAG